GGGCGGCGGGCGCGAUGGGAGGAGAGGGGAUCUGACGUCAGGUCGCGAGGUGCUUUCCAGCCGCGAGCUGUCAGGCGGGUGUCAGACCCGGCAGGUACGCGGCGCGCUCCCCCGGCGCCCCCCGCCCCGGCCGGGCUGUCCCGCACCCCGCCGAGGCCGCGUGGGCCGGAAAGCCGCCGGGGAAGGCUCCCCAGAGGUCCAGCCUAGCCCCUAGGCACCAUGUCGGACAGCGAUCUAGGUGAAGACGAAGGCCUUCUGUCUCUGGCCAGCAAGAGGAAGCGCAGGGGAAACCUGCCCAAGGAGUCGGUGAAGAUCCUCCGGGACUGGCUGUAUCUACACCGCUACAAUGCCUACCCCUCCGAGCAGGAGAAGCUGAGUCUCUCGGGACAGACCAACCUGUCAGUGCUGCAGAUCUGUAACUGGUUCAUCAAUGCCCGGCGUCGCCUUCUCCCAGACAUGCUUCGGAAGGAUGGCAAAGACCCCAAUCAGUUCACCAUCUCCCGCCGUGGGGGCAAAGCCUCUGAUGUGGCUCUCCCCAGGGGCGGCAGCCCCUCCUUGCUGGCCGUGUCUGUACCGGCCCCCUCCAACGUGCUCUCCUUGUCCGUCUGCUCCGUGCCGCUCCACUCAAGUCAGGGUGAAAAGCCAGCAGCCCCCUUCCCACAAGUGGAGCUGGAAUCCCCUAAGGCCCUGGUGACCCCUGGGAGCACACUCACCCUGCUGACUAGUGCUGAGGCUGGAAGCCCUACCGGUGGACUCUUCAAUACGCCGCCACCCACACCCCCAGAGCAGGACAAGGAAGACUUCAGCAGCUUCCAGUUGCUGGUGGAGGUGGCAUUGCAGAGGGCUGCUGAGAUGGAGCUUCAGAAGCAGCAGGAUCCAGCACCUCCAUUGCUGCACACUCCCCUUCCUCUAGUCUCGGAAAAUGCCAAGUAGGCGCCUGCUACCAGGUGGCUUGAGGUUCAGGCCAGCUGUCCCAGGUUCCUGGUUCACUUCCCUUUCAUACAGAGGGUUAUCUACGGAUCACUGCCAAGCAUCGGGAUCAUCUCUGUCCAGAGGUCCUCAGCAGAAAGACAGCAGCUGGUGUCGCUGCACUGUUACGGGGGCCUGUACUCUUGCUGACUGCAUUCCCUCAAGCUUCCUCUCUGAGGAGACCAAGGCGCCAGAGCCAGGUGUUGCUGCUGCUGCUUCUCCAGAGAGCCUUGGAUGUCUGCACUCCAGCCUGCUUUCCUCGGCAGGCUCUGGAAACUUGCCAAGUUCAGACUUGAGCUAGGUCCAACCUGCCCCUAAGCUGUGCCUCCUUCGGUCAGGCCAGGUGUGCACAUUCCAGCUUACUCAAAGGACAAAGGAAAAGGCCCAGCAGAUGUCACAGAACCGACUCCAGUUGAAUGUUUAGGUUUUUGCUAAGUUGUUUAUUUUCCUUUUGCUGUGGUUUGUGUUAAUGGCAGUAGGUAGCCCGGAAGCACGAGUGUGGGGAGAGAGCACCUUAUGCUAUGGAGCUUUAUAAACGGGGUGAUCUACCACCGCACUGGGGAUGAUUGUAUAAGGGACCAGCAAAAUCUCUGCAGCCGUGCUGAAUUCCAGCUGGAAGUGGUUGUUUGAUUUUUGGUUUGGAUUACUCUAUUGAAAAAAGACAGAAGAAAAAUACCUACAGGUGUUGGAUUAUUUGCACCAGGCACAGAAGGGGAUAAAAUCCAACUGAACCAGAUAGCCAUUUAGAUACAGCCGAGAUGGAUGAUAAGACUAGAGACGUACUUGUUUUUGCUGUUACUUUGGAGUGGUUAAGCUAGACUGAAACAGUUUGUUUUCUCUCUCUCCUUUGGGUAUUGUCUCCCCCUUCCCCUUUUUGUAGCCUGUUUGGAUUCAUUCAGGAGCUUGGUCAGAAGUCAGUAGCACCAGCAUCUCCUACUUGGGGAAGAGUGAGCCAUCUCCUUACUGGUCAGGAGGCUCUUCAGACAUGCCGCUUGUUCCACAAGCUGGAACCUUCGUGGGGGAAGGGGUUAGUGCGGCACAGGCCCAACACUGGGAGUUGCAUCUGUUUCAACUCCCUUCAAGUUGGAAUUGCAAGGGCCUGCCUAAAUUUCCUGGGGAAACUGAUCACACGUGGUUUUAAUUUCUCCCUUCCCCCCUUUCACUUUGCUGGGGGUUUUUUUGUUUGUUUUUUAGUUUUCAGCAACAGUAUACCCCAUCUUUAUAUAUCCUAAGAAACACUAAUCCUAGGUUUUUAUUAACCGAAAUAUUUGUGUUCUGAAUAAUCAGAAGAUUUGAGGAGUCCUGACUGUAAUUUCCUGAUGUUUACUAGGUUAUAAACAGAGAGGAGGCUCCUGGGUGAUCACUGACUUGGAGUGCCUGUCCCAGAGAAAGAUAUACCAUUAUACCAUUCUGGCCUUUCUAAGGAGCCCCCUGUCACUCUUACAGGCUUCCCUACCUCUCCUGAGUGGCUUAGCCCCAUCCCUUGCUGUGCAAGUGGGAACUGAGAGAUUUGCUCUCUGUAGGAGAUUGCCUUCCUAGGCUGGAUCUCCUGCUUCCCUCCAGGGGAUCCAGCACCCUCAUCCCCUAGAGGCACUGCUGGGGGGAUGAACAUGGCAGCUUCGUAGAAUUUGCUGUUUGCCCACUUCUACCCCAACUGUCUGUGAGCCUAGAUCCCCGGUGAUUGCUACAGGAUGCCUACAGUAGGGGUGACAUUGGGGUGAGUGGGAGUUUUCUCCUCUACAGUGCACUGAGCAGGAGAGGAGGGAGGGAGCCAUGCUGCUGACAUAUUCUGGCAUUCCCCCUCCUGGAAUACAAUGGGGCGUCUAAGGGGUGGGUCAGUCUCUGCAUAGGUUGCUUGUAAGAUAAAUCUGAGGUAUGGUUGUCCCAUUGAACAAUAUUUGAGCAAAAAACUACUGUAAAUAACUGGUUUUUGUCUUUUGUCAAAUAAAGUUGUUUGGUUUUAUUUUUAAAAGUCAAA